UGGGUGCUGGAAUCACUCAAAUCGUAGCUAAAUCUCGACCUAUGCUGGGCUGCAUUUGGGGGCAGCUGCUGCCCAUGGAAAUAUGUUUGGUACUGAGUCCAUCAUCGUCUUGCAACAUCAAAACCAACAACAACAACAACAUCUACAAUUACUACUACUACAACAACAACAAAGUCAUCUGAAUACCUAACCUCGAAAGAAAAGCGAUCAAAAUAACACCCCAGGAAAUCAACAUAAAUCCAAAACAAAAACCAAAAACCGAAAAAACCGAAACAAAUCUUGCAUCUAACUUUGACUCGCUCUCCCCUGUGUGCGUGUGUGUGUGUGUUAUGUCUGUUUGCUUGGUCCAUUAUUGCUCGUAAUACACCACCACUACUACCCUGCCUGCCUGCCCGCUAACGAUCAUGCAUAAACCAAAGCUAGGUAAUGCUAUAACUGCUGCCGCCAUUGCCUCAUCUAUAUCGACCAAAAACAACAACAGCAGCAGCAAAUCGAAACGGGCACGUCAGUUCAGCAAGCCAUCAUCAUUGAUUGGCGGGGGAGGAGCGGCUGCUAGUGAAUCCCUCUACGACCAUCAUUCAUCACUAAUUGGCGACUCAAUUGAUUUAGAACAUUACAUCAGCGCCAUGGAGGCUCGACGACACGACAACGAGCCGGAUGUUUGGGCACAACUCCAGCAGAAGGAGUCGGAUAUCCUGCUCGCCGCCGAGCUGGGCAAGGCGCUGCUCGAGAAGAACGAGGAGCUGGUCAAGCAGCAGGAGAAACUCAUUGAGGAUUAUUCAGCCAAAAUUGAGAAACUUGAACAGGAGAAGCACAUGCUGCGGCAGAAGCUGUCCAUUGCCGAGGAUGAGAGUGAUCAGCGUGUGCUGGAGCUGCAGUCCGAUCUCAACGAGCUGAAGGAGAAGCUACAGACCCAGGACAUGGCCAUUCGGCAGGCGGAGAAGGAGAAGACCAUACUGAUCGACGAGCUGCAGCAUCAGAACACACGGCUCACCGAGCAGAUACAGGAGGCACAUGCCACCGAACUAAAACUCAGCGCACAGAUACAGGAGCUAAAGGAUCAGUACCACUACAGAAACAGCAGCCUGCAGGAUCAUGUCAACAGUCUGGAGUCCAUUAAAACCGAACUCAACCUCACCACCGGCAAGCGGCAGGAACUGGAACGUCGCCUGCAGCACGCCCAGGACGAGAAGGAGAGCCUCACCUCAUCGCUGGAGGAAGCCUCCGACAGAAUACACAUGCUGGAGCGACACGCGCGCGAGCAGGAAACAAAAUUAGAGACCACCCUGCAGGCCUUGGAACGCUCCCAGCGAGAGAACAAUGUCCUUAGCGAACGCUUGGGCGCCGACACUAGCUCCAGCAUGCCUGGAAAAAAGAGUCUGCAGUUUGAAAUGGAGUGCGACGAUGACGAUGGCAGCUAUACGGAAACGGGAAAGCCCAAUCAUAUGUGGGUGGAGGCACGCUCCGUCUACAUACAACUCAAGUCCCUGGUGGACUCUCUGAAAGUCAGCCAUGACGAUGACUCAGGUCUCAACUCGGACAUAUCGCUGGAAUUGGAGUCCAUGGACAACACGAUCUCGAGCACAGAGCGCAAUGAUGGCGGGCACAUGGCCAUUGAGUUCCGACAGGGUAUGCUCUCGUCCAUGUCGGAUGAGCUGACGCGGCUGCUGCUGAACCUGGAUGCGGGCAACUUCAAGAAGAUGCUGGACCAAACAAGGAACCUUGUGCUCGAGCAGGAGGAUGAGAUAAAGCGCAGCCAUCAGCUGAUACAGCAACUGGAGGCGAAGGUGACCGUGACCGAUGUGGAGCUGCAGAAUGUGAAGGAAGAGCGCGAUCAAGCACGCGGCGAUCUGGAGGAUGAUACGAAUCGGGAUGAGCUGCUGACGAAGGCGCAAACGGAGCGCGAUGCGGCCAACGGACGACGCACCAAGGCCGAGGUGGAUCUGGCCAGGACCCGCGUCGAACUGAUGCAGGCCAACAGCCAGCUGCUGGAGUCCAUCCAGCAGAAGGUUGAGCUCUCGCAGCAGCUGGAGCAGUGGCAGAUGGACAUGCAUGAGCUGAUCGACGAGCAGAUGCGCUCCAAGCUGAUAAACAAUCGUCGCGUCCUGGCCACAGAAACCUCCACGCCUCCGCCCAGCAGCAGUGCAGCAGCCAAUCUGGCCAAGCGCGUCUCUAGCUACAAGCUCUGGAGUUUAUUUCAGCGGUAAUUGGACAAACCUGACGACGCGCUGGAAGGUCUAUGCCACUCUCAUAUUCUUAAUGUAGAGAGAGUGCAGUGAAUAAGCUACAUUCAUAUAUAUUUUUAAUAUUUAUACACACAACCAACCAACCAACACAGACACACACAAAAACGAGAGUCCAGGCAUAGACAUAGGCAUGGAGAUCGAUCGAUCUAUCUAUCUAUUAAAUGUAUUAUCUAUUGUACUUGAUUGAUUGUUAUUUGUAUGUAAAUUGAGGCAUUGCAUCGCCCUUCUUCUGUUCGUAGUGAAAUCUGUCUAAUUACGCUUUAUUAAUUUUAAACAAAACUUACCACGUACUCUUCGAUAUGAUUAUUAUAUGAUAGUUAUUGUAAUUUAGACCUUACUCUCGUACCUAUGUUUAAACACAAAACACUCUCUACCCCUCUGCUCUAUCAUACCCCUUUCAGUUUAUCCAGAUUCCUUCUUAAUUGUUAACUGAUAUUCAAAAAUGAAAACAUAUCGCGCCUUUUUGUUCGCGGGCUUUAAAAGUUCGUUUAUGUUUACACAUUUUGCCUUUGAUGAGUCGCAGCAUUUGUUCCCUUGAGAGACAAUAGAGGACGGAACUGUGGCGACUCAUCAGAAACUGUACGUAAGCAAAUCUAAGUGUAAGUGAAGCAUUUAUGUUAUAGCAGAUAUGUUCGUACCAUGAAUAUAUGUAUUUUUCAUACUGGCAACCGUAGAGGGCGCAGCUGAUAAUUAAAACUGUGCAACAGACAAAACUUGCCUUAAUGAACGGACAAUGAAACGGAAAGUUUAACAUUUUAGAUUGUUUAAUUAACAUAACUUACCAAUAAACAUAAACAUACAAA